CUAGACCAUUCAUGUUUUAGCUGCCAAGCCUCUCGGUCCCCGCGAAUCCAUCCCGGGUCUCGAGAACAUGGAGACUAUUGCAGGAAGACACGAUCUCGGCUGACUUUUCAGAAGUAUUCAUAAGUGCCGGAUUCCAUCGCGAUAUCCCCAUAGACAUGAAGCUAUCCACCACUCUCAUUCCUCACAUUCUGAUAUCUGGCAAAGUGAUUUAGCCGACUCAGACGUACCUUCAUCAUGAACUCGGCAAAGACAAUCUUCUACGCGGCCUUGAGCGCUUCGCUCUCCUUCACAUCUGUGCAGGCACAGGUUGCGGACUACCCAUUUGACAUUAACGGAGCGUUCGAGGGGGAAUUCGUCGGUAGCAGUGGUGGCUACACUGGCUACAACUGCGAAGUCACCGGCAACGUCGUCAAUGGAGUUCCCAUUGCUGCCCAGGUCUCAAUUGCACAAUCGCUGCUAAACGGUGCCUCUGGUUUCGUUGAUAGCGUGAACAAUGAUGGUCGGAUCAAGUUGACGGACGGAUACACCAUCCGUAUCAACGACCUUAACGCCAUCUACUCCGUCGGAUACACUGCUCAGCCUUUCUUCACUGCAGAUGAUGCCAACCCAAGUAUCAGCUCUUUCUCUGGCUUUCCCAUGUGUGCUCCGCGAAGCGCCGCCGAUGCUCUUUGCCCUCAAUUCAACAGACCUGAUGUCACCCCAGGCGUUAAACAGGGGCUUUUCAAAGCACCCGACGCCCUCGUCAUGGCCCCUAUCGUAGCGGGUGAUUUCGUCGAGUACUCUGGUGUUCAGUCCGGGAGCGAGAUCAUCGUUUACAACCUCGUCGUGAGCAACGUCCAAAUAACCACUACGGGUGUUCCGACAUACAUCCGCAUGGAAGAUGCCAACAUUGGUUUCGUCGGCUACACAUCUGACUCUGCCGCAAACGUCAACCCCAUCAAGAUCUACGCCAUUGAGUACGACCCGUGCACCGGCGAGGCCGUCGACCGUGAGAUCGCGGGCGUGAGCGUGCCCGGCACCGAGGUCCGCAACAAGUUUGAGUACCGCAUCAAGGCAACCCAGAACGACAACUACGCCCGUGAGUACCGCGUCGUCGCUGGAACCGGCACCGUGAAGACCAAGAACGGUGUCCUGGCCGGCCAGUACGUUAUGCCUGUCUCCGAAUGGAUUCAGCCCGAGGACUCUGUUCCCGGCCGCCCUCCUAGCCCGCAUGACUUCCGCAGCUACGCUUUCCUCACCAAGGGGCUGGGUCGCGAUGCCGAGGGUAACCUCUGGGGCCCGCUGAACCCCUUCCCCCAGACUGGCGCUAUCCUCUACGAUAGCUCCAAGUGCCCAGCCGCUACCACUCCUACUACCGGCACUGGCACUGGAACGGGUACCGGUUCCGGCACCACCACUACCCCUGCCACUGCUGCCAGCAGCUCAGCAGCGGCCGUCAAGUACAAGGAUGUCGUGACGAUGCCCACCUUCAACUGGGUCUCAUCCCAGAGCGGCACCCUCACCGUCGGCUGCCAAUCCAACAGCACCGACGACGCAGCGGUCGCGAUGAAGCUGAGCUACACCAACAAGGACGGCACCACCACCGGCCUCGCCAUGACCUCCGGCGGUAAGGGCCUCUGGAACUUCAACAGUAACAAGAUCAAGCAGCCCACAACUGGAACGGUCAUUUGCAAGAUUGGUCUUGGCGGCCAGGUGGCACGCUGAGGUGCUCGUCAGGAACGUUUGGCUGUUGAUCUUUGUCGUUUUGGUUGGGACUUGAAUGCGCGAU